CCUUCCUCUCCUCCCGCGCUCGCUGACAUCACUUCCCCCCCACACGCAGAAAACAUGGCGGCCACCUGUCUGUCAGAUUCGGUGAGUCCAGUGCCCAGAAAUGUUGUCAUCAAGACCGAGCCAGAAGCCGAAGGCGGUUUGCUCCUCGGCCCGGAUGGAGCGCCGGUUAAGCGGGACCCCGUCGUCUCGCUCAUGGCGCCGGUCAGCGGGCUGCAGCCGCUCGCCUGGUCGCAGGAUCACCGCUUGGCCGUAUGCACCACCAGCUCCCUGUCGCUGAUGGAGCUGGUGUGCGAUGUCCACAGCAAUAAACAGGACCUGACGCUGCACAGGACCUCCAUCCCCGUCCCGACCGAAGCCUACAGACUGCGGGUGGGAUCAUCAGCGGAGCAAGCCCAAGUCAUGGAGAAGUUCUGUACACAUCCGGACCCCACUGUAAGGCAAGUUUUUCUGGCCGACAGAGUGAUGAACCCAUCAGUAGGAGUGCACAAAGGAAUAAAGUAUGCCAGUUGGUCUCCGUUAGGUUGUGACUCUAGUGGACGUUGUUUGCUUGCUUGCCUAACACUUGACCAUAGGCUUACUAUUCAUAACAGCCACAAGCGUCUCGAGUGGGACAUGCUAGUCGAUCUCACCAAAAAGUACAGUGAGAGGCUAAAGGAGCGAGGCUACGCCAAAAAAGACAACAAGCCACCGCAGGCAAACCUACUGGACUUUGAUGAGCUGCAGCGGCGUUUUCGUAUGCAAACGCCUCUGAGAAUGGAGUGGUCGAGCGUGUACACGACCAAACAGGUUCAGCCGGACAACACAUGCAUAGACCUGGAGAUGGUCCUCCUGGCUGUCUUAAUGGAAAACGGUGACCUUGUUUUGUGGAAGUUUGUGUUGCCGUUUGUAAACGGGGCAGACGUCGUGUUUUAUGACACCAUCGAAUCAGGUGUGGCUAGACCCAGUGACUUAGCUUGGUGGGAGUAUGAAAACGCAGAUCGCCGGAUGAGUGGCCUGAUCGUCGGCAGUGAGGUGGGACCCGUCAAGAUCAUGCCAGUCAGCCUGUCGGGAGUGAAGGGCUACUUCACCCUCCGACAUCCUGUCAUCCUCUGGAAGGAGUGCGACGAGAUCGCUGUGGAAAACAUCAAAUGCGUCCCGAUGAUCCACCCGAUCCAUAAAUCCAGCUGCAGCCUCAUCGUCGCCUCACGUGGCUGCUACGUCUUUUGGUGUUUGCUCAUGAUUUCACCGGCCGGACUAAAUGUACACAACUCUCACGUGGCGGGGCUUCACUCGCUCCCGGUGGUCUCGCUAGCGGUCAGCCAGCAUGGCGUUGCAGUGUACACGUGUUCCCUAGAUGGGUGGAUAAAAAAGCUGACGCCAACAUUUACUGAGAAUACUUUGAUUUUCAAACAAGAGGACAUGCUGCGCCCUGAAAACCUAACAGGGAGGCGGAUUCACGGGAUUGCGGUUAGCCGCAACGGAGCGUAUAUUGCAAUGGUCAGCACGCAAGGUAUGGUGGACAGCUACCAUCCAGUUAACAGGACCUACCAGGUUCACUUUGUGACCUUGAAAACGCCCGAAACAGCAGCAGCGCUGUUGCUCAAGUCUCCCACACAGAACUUGUACAAAAUGGCUGACCUGCUUGAUCUUGUGAGGUGGCAAAUUUUGAAAAACAAGUGCAUCCCUGCGACACUGCAGGAAAAGCUUGAUCAAAGGAUCCAGGAAGUAGACUCACCCUAUUUGUGGCGUUUCAAGCUAUUUUUGGUACGUAUUCUUUACCAGUCACUGCAGUCCCCUCCUACAGAUCAUCGCUGGAAACCUACACAGGAGGGGAGCAAGGUGUUUGUGAGGGACGCGGAGGAGGAGGACGGCGAGGACGAAGAAGAUGCUACACAGGAGGAAGGCGAGCCUGGUGGAGUGAAACAGGAGAAGGAGGAGAAUCAGGAGGAGCAGAUGGCGGAGGUGCAGGCUUGGAUUAAUGCUGUAGAGACCCACCUGAUGAGAGAAAACAUGAAGAAGGUUCUGGGAGUGGUGUACCUCAACACCUGGAUUGCUCAGAACACCAGCAUACCAACCUGCGGCCUGGUGGAGUACCUCGCCAAAGACACUAACGACAGAGCUUCAGAGGUCCUGAUUGGCCACAUCAAGAACAAGAUGAACAAGCAGACAUUCUCAGAGCGAUGCAGCCUGUGUCAGGCCGUGCUGCCCUUCACGGACCACAAACAAGCGAUCUGUAAAAACGGUCACAUGUGGCUCAGGUGUGUGUUGUCAUACCAGGCCUGCCAGACGCUGACGUUCAGACGUUGCCUCCUGCUGGAUACCAUUGCCAGACUGCCAAAGCCUGAGGAUCCAGAGUGGAUAAAGAAGAUACUGCAAGCGCCCUGCACGCUCUGCGACUCGCCAAUGAUCUAGAGCUGAACGAACAGAGGAACUUCAGGGCUUCCCUGCGACCUUCAGAGCCUCCCACUCUGAUGCCGGGUCCAAUUUUGUCAGACAUCACUGCUACAAUUUUUUAUUUCAUGUAUUUUGUUCACCUUUUUAUUACUUUAUUUUGGUAUCUUAAAAGUGCAAAUAAAAGGCUUUGAUUAUA